UACCCCUUCCUCCUUUCUCUCUCUCUCUCUCUCUCUCUCUGUUCUUCCAUCCAAACCCAAAUCCCCAAUUCCAAACCCCCCUCUUCUCACCUGCCCGGAGCUCGUUUCUACCCAGAAACCAGCUCCCGCACUCCCACCCCCACCCACAACUACACCUUAAUCACUCCCCGAAUCCCACUAGUUUUCUCUCCACCCCUCAAUUCCUCCUAACCCUAACCGAUCAACCAACAAAUCAAUCAUCUAUGGCAUUCUUUGCUCAUUAGGGUGUGCCCCUCCAUUUUUGUGCUUCAUCUCCGAGACCACCCUGCUUCGCAUCUUUCUUGAUCUUUUCAUUAUUUUCGUUAUGGCGAUCCGAUACACCGUCGCUUAUUCCGCUACCAUGGCUCACAACAUUGCUUCUUCUGCCGGCCACCGCCUCGCUAACUACCGAUGUGUUCAUGAGUUAUUCUCGAAGCCUCGCCCCAAUAUCGCAAACCCUAAUAUCGAACCCCCUAAAACAACUUACAAUUAUCCCUAUAAUUGUACGAAUACUACUCAACCUGAGAUACGGCGAUCGAAGAACCCGAGUUAUGGGCUCCCUAAUAGCAGAACGGCUUCGUUUAGUACUUUUGCUGCGGAGUUAAUCACUGGGAGUUCUAGCUCUCAGGUUGCUGCUGGCUUCAUCUCGCUGAUGAAUUCCGCGGUUUUUGGAGGUUCAUUUUCUACUACAAUGGGGGUUAUGGGGGUUGCCCCGUAUCGUGGCGCUUCGAUUAUCCCGUUCCUGCAUGGUUCCAAAUGGCUGCCGUGUAAUGAGCCGGUGUUCAUCCGGUCUUCGAGUAAUGACGUCGAUAGGGGUGGGACAUCAGAAAUUUUGGAGGAGAAGAAGAUGAGGAACAAGGAUAUUUCGGCUUCUAAGGAAAUUGCACAGCAGACUGUGAUUGAUGGGAGAAGUUGGGUCUCCAAGCUGUUCAAUUUCUCAUCUGAUGAUGCUAAGGCGGCAUUUACGGCUGUGACGGUUAACCUGCUGUACAAGUCGUCCUUAGCUGAGCCAAGGUCGAUUCCAUCGUCGUCUAUGUACCCCACUCUCGAUGUAGGUGACCGGAUAUUGGCUGAGAAGGUUUCUUACUUCUUCAGGCAGCCUGAAGUUUCUGAUAUUGUUAUUUUUAAAGCACCACCUAUUCUCCAGGAAAUUGGCUUUACCUCUGGGGAUGUAUUCAUCAAAAGAAUUGUAGCGAAGGCUGGUGAUUGUGUUCAAGUCAAGAAUGGCAAGUUGCUAGUAAAUGGUAAUGUUCGUGUUGAGGAAUUUGUUUUGGAGCCUUUAGCCUAUGAGAUGGAUGCCGUGAUUGUGCCUGAAGGCUAUGUCUUUGUGAUGGGAGACAACCGCAACAACAGCUUCGACUCUCAUAACUGGGGUCCACUACCUGUCAAAAACAUUGUUGGCAGAUCUGUUUUCCGAUAUUGGCCGCCCUCCAAAUUGUCCGAUACUUUAUAUGAACCACAUGCAGCCACCAGUAAUGUGAUUGUUUCAUGACAAAUUUAUCCAUCUGAGUUGAUAUGAGGAUGUUAACUUUCAUAUGAUGAAGCUGUAAACAUCACUUUACAGUCGUUUUCUUAGUCUCUGAUUAUAUAUACCAACAAUUGUGAAUAAAUUUUUACUGUUUGGGAGCUAUAUGCUCCAUAUAACACCCAUUCUGCAAUAGACUAUGUAGUACAUCUAGCGUGACGUCAAUUUAAUCAUUUGUAAUGGUAGUUCAGUUUCUUGUGACGACACUGCCAUUGUCUAUGGACUAUUGGUGUUUUAUUUCAUACCCUAGUCGGGCUCUUUCUUUA